CAUAUCUACUUUCCCUCCGAACGUUGCUUUUUAGACAACGUAACGUUUAUACAAUAAAUAAUUCAGUAUUAUUGAAAACGAGAGAGAAUGUGUUUGGUAGCUGAUUGAUCAGUAAAAGUUUUAAAUUUGUGGUUGAUUGUAAUAGUGUUACAAGAAAUAUUUUUCAAAAUGGAUAAAAGUUUAUUAAAUAUAAUAUUGCUUGGCGUGGCAUUUAUGUUCGUCUUUACGGCCUUUCAGACUAUGUCAAACAUACAAAAAACCAUCACAGAUAGUAUUGAAAAAGAAGAUCAUUCCUACAAUGGAGACGCAUAUUAUAGCCAGGCCAUCAUUUAUUCAUUUUUUUCAAUAUUCAAUUGGUCAGCGCCGUCAGUCAUUAGUAUUAUUGGUCCUAAGUUCUCAAUGUUUUUGGGUGGUACAGUAUAUGUAACCUUCAUUUUACAAUUUCUAGCCCCAAAGGUUUGGGGUAUGUAUUUGUGCAGCGCACUUAUGGGGAUUGGAGCAGCUAUGAUAUGGACGGGUCAAGGAAAUUAUUUAACACUCAAUUCUACAAAGAAAUUAAUUACAAGAAAUUCCGGAAUUUUUUGGGCGCUAUUGCAAUUAAGUAUGUUUGUUGGAAAUACGUUCGUCUUCUUUGCUUUUAAAGGAAAAGAUGAAAUUGACAAAAGUACAAGAACGUUAGUCAUAUCGACGUUAUCUGCUGUUGGUAUUGCAGGACUCGUGGUAUUGUUUCUACUUCCAAAAGCUUGGAAAGAAGAGGAAGACGAUGAAGAAGACGAUGUUGAUAAAAUUAAUAAUGAAGGACCUCUUAAGGCAUUCACAGGAGCAGUCAAACUCUUCUUCACAUCAAGGAUGUGUUUACUUAGUUUAUCUUUCUUAUACACAGGUUUGGAACUGGGAUUUUUCAGUGGAAUAUAUAGUUCCUGUCUUGGAUUCACUAAGAAAUUUGAAAACCGUAAAGAGCUUGUGGGAAUUUCUGGUAUAUUGAUGGGCGCUGGUGAAGUUAUAGGUGGUGGAAUAUUCGGUAUUUUCGGCCGCCAAACCGUGAAAUGGGGAAGAGAUCCUGUGGUGGCUAUGGGUUUUGUGCUUCACGCCAUAGCUUUCGGUAUAAUAUUCCUUAACUUGCCUAAUGAUUCGCCGUUUACGGACACUGACGAAAACGCUAUAAUAAACAGCAACGCGUACUUGGCUAUUUUGUGUUCCUUCCUACUAGGAUUAGGAGAUUCGAUUUAUAAUACUCAAAUUUUGUCUCUCUUGGGAACAGUCUACUCGGAGAACAGUGCACCAGCUUUCGCUAUUUUCAAAUUCAGUCAGUCAAUUGGAGCAGUAAUAACCUUUAUUUCGGCUAAAUCAUUACUACUUCACUAUCAAUUAGCAAUUCUUUUAACGAUGGCAGUUGUUGGUACACUUUCCUUCAUAAAAGUGGAAUGGAACACAAAAAAACAGAAAACUUUAUUGGCCACCGAAACUGGUAAAAACAGUGAGGCAUUGACUGAUUCAGAAUGAUGACUGAAUCUUUUUUAGCGAAUGUGAUUGUAAAUUUUUUUAAAUAAAUCAAUAUUUUUGUAUAAAAA